AUGGCUAAAGGGUCACUGGAGGGACAGCUCCAUUUCGAAAGAAAGAACCAAAACCUCGUCAAGGUGCCAAAAUGUUAUGCCCGCAUCCAGAAACGUCCCAUCCCGCACGCCCCCGUGGCUUCUCCCUACGCCGGUGCGAACGUGCCUAAGAUCGUCUACGUCUCGAGCAACUCGCCCUUUAUGAGCGUCGUCAAGCGAGUCCAGAAACUACUCCGACAGGCUGAGAAACGCGCGACAAGCUCAAUCGGACUGACGGACAGCAAGGUCAGCGAGAAGGAGAAACUCGCCCGUCUGGCGCGCGGCCAGGAGCAGCUGGCGCGCGAGGAGAUUUUCGUCAAGGCCACCGGUCGGGCGGUGGAGAAGGCGCUAGGAGUAGGCAAGUGGUUCGAAGAGAAAACGGCCGAGUACACGGUUCGCUAUGAGACGGGGAGUGUUUUGGUCGUGGACGACAUCGUCGAGGAUGAGCAGGCAAAGCAGAAAUUGAUCGACAAGGAGAUGUUACAGACCAAGUCUGAGACGGCAGAGCCGCAGACAGAGACGAGUGGAGGGGCGAAAGAAGAAGAAGAAGAAGAGGAGGAGGAGGAAUCAAACGCGCAGGGUUCAAGAAAGAAGAAGAAGAGGAAGCAUGCCGCCUUCGAUCUAAACGCUGACCUCCCCGAGACGCGCACUCGAUGGGUGAAAAUGGUCCAGGUGGCUGUGACUCUGAGAUGA